CUUCCUGAAGCUCUGAGAGCACUUUUUACGUGAUGUUUGUAAAACUAUACAGAUACACCAUACAUUUCAUGAAACUGGAUCUACAAUUUGAAACUUGACAACGUUCGUACGCUAAUUCUCUUCAACCAACCAAUCACAAGGAGCCAAGUGACAAAUGGUAGCACUAACGUCACCUGACGUCGUGCCAGUGACGUGUUGACGUUUAUUGGUUUAUUUAUUUGGAAAGAGUUCCUUAAAUUGGUGCAGUAUUAUUCAAAAAUUUUUACUGUACGUAGAAUUAGGAAAUAGGACUAAUUAUGUCUCGCAUUCCGUUGUUACUUGUAGUAUUUUUGACCGUAUUCUCGACAUCUCAAGCGUGCAAAGGCUGUGUUAAUAUAGAUGAGUUUAAUUUCGAAAAAAUUGUUCCGAAAUUUGAAGCAGUAUUGGUCAAAUUCGACGUUGCAUACCCUUUCGGAGACAAGCACGAUAUCUUCACAACUUUGGCACAUGAAAUAGUUGAUGUAAAGCCCCUACUUCUAGGCCAAGUCGGCGUGAAGGAUUAUGGAGAUAAGGAAAAUGUGGAUUUUGCUGCAAAGUUUGGUAUCAAGGACAAAAAUGACCUGCCGGCUCUUAGGUUGUUUGUGCAAGGAGAAGAUGAGCCUUUUGCGUUUGACAAGCACAUGCCAUGGAAUGAAGAGAACCUGAAGAAAUUCAUCAGAGACCACUCAAAUAUUUACUUAGGCUUGCCAGGUUGUUUAGAAGCAUUUGACAAGAUUGCAGAAAAGUUCAUGGAGUCUAAAGAAAAAAAGACUGUUUACAAAGCGGCUGAAGAGGAAGCUAAUAAAUUGAAGAAUGAGCGAGAAAAAGACUUAGCAAAAACCUAUCUGAAGUACAUGGACAAAGUGCUAAACUCGAGUUCAGCUUUUGUGACGCUCGAGAUCAAAAGACUGGAGAAGAUCCUCAGUGGCGGCAAGAUCAGCCAGAAGAAAAAAGAAGAGAUCUCACGUAGACUGAAUGUAUUGAAAUCAUUUUCUCCAACAAAUGCAAAGACAGAGCUUUGAUGGAAGUGGAUACUGUACCUGUACUUUGGAAUUUUAGUUAGUUCCUAUGCACUUUUCGUGAAUUCAGAAAUUCUUAAGAACUCUACACAGAAGAAGCGAUCUUCCUCACACUGGUAUUCUUUUCGAUAAAUAUGUUUCCUUUCAGUAAAUUGGUUUUUGCUUGGUGCACACGGUUAUUGUAUCUCUCUUUUCUAUACAGGGUGUUCCAUACUUAAAAUGAACACAGCGAAAUGGUAGGCAGUAUGGACCGAAAUCUUUUCAUAUAUGAAGAUAAAAAAGGUCUAAAUCUAGUUUUUACUGAUACACGGUGAUUUAUCGAAUUUUGAUGAAAUUUUGCACGAUAAGUUACCUAGAGGCAAUGUAAACCUAGACGGACGGUUGAAAAAUCGAGAGCGGACUUCACUUUUUUUUUUCAUUUCAAUCAACAACACCUAUGCUCAAUAUUGAAAUGUUUGACUAGAUACAAAAAAGCCAAUGAAUGGCGCUAUAUAAUUAUAAAAUUAGAUAGGUUAGGUUUCUUUUAGUUCUUUAGUAAAAAUCAAACUUAUAACCCUAAAAAAAUUGGGUUUGUGUCACAUGAACUGCUGAAAACAAAAAAAUUUAAUGAAUAAAAACGUUGAAUCGAAAAACUAAAAAGGACACAGUCAAUCUGUUUGGCUUAUUAAUUAGCCUUAUCCAUUGGCAUUUCUUGUACAUAGUCAAACAUUGCAAUAUUCAUCUCAGAAGAUGUUGAGUUCGAUGAAAAAUAAAAAAGUGAAGAGAUCAAAAGGUUGCUCUGAAUUUUUUAACCAUCCGUCGAGUUUUACAUUACUCCUAGGAAACUUUAUUAUCUUGCAAAAUUUUAACAAAAUGGGUUUAGUAGAGCCUGAUAUAAGUGAUAUUAAACAUUUGGCGUAUUAAGAUAAAACGGAAAUUAGAACUUAUUUAUUUUCACACAUGAGCAGGUAUCAGAUCAUACUAACUCUUACUUCACUAGGUCCAUUUAAGUACGAAACACUCUGUAUUUUAAUGUUUCAUAACAUUAUGUCUUCUACAGCUGUUAUUUUGGAUAGUAAUCCUCAAAUAAAGCCCUUUUCACAAAAUACAUGUCGAUUUCACCAAGAAAGGCUUUCUGGAUAAAAUUAUAUGUAUCACUCAAAAACCCUAAAUCGGUAGUUAUUUCAGUAAUCCACUGAGAGCUUUUAUGAUCCUAAGAUUAUAUGUGGCAGCUUAAAGAUUGCGUGUUUGAAAUUAGGUUUUCCAGAUCUACUUUGUUAUAUUAUUUACUCCCUAUCUUAUAUCCACAUUCCAUGUUUCAAAUAACGGAUAUUCUAAAAAUAAGAAUUGAUAGGUAAAAUGCUUUCUGUAGUCAGAAAAGGUUUGAGAGUCAAAUAUCAUCUUUAGUUGAAAAGCCGAUUUUUGUGUUCUAUAUUGUGGUCGUGAUUGUUGUUUUUUACAUUUUAUAAAUGUGUUGUUCGUAUUGUGGUAAUUCAUAGAUUGGCACAACUAUGUCGGACUAAUUAGGCUUUAGGUUCCAUUCAGCAAUUUACAAUAAAUCAAUUUGUGAUGGAUAAAACAAAUAUGUUUUAUGGCUGUUUAUUAGUUCAAGAAUUAUUUUUCUUUAUAUAUAUCUAGUUUUGAGGACUGUAUACUGUAUUAUUUUGUUUUACAUAUAUUUUAUUCAUGUUGACUGUAAUGUUAUAAAGUACUUGGGAAUAAACAUACAUUCCAGAAAUAUUUAUAUUUUAAAUGUAUUUCUACUUUGGUUUGGCCACAUUUUAUCAGCUAAAAAAGUUACGUUACACAAACAGGAGUCAAGCAAUAUUCCUGCUAAUCUUGCUAACUGCAUUUAAGUCAGAUACGAGGAUGAAAUAAGUUUGGUGUCAGUAGUUCUCAUAUGCAACUGAAUUUGAGCAGAUUCACUAUUACCAACAUCAGUACAAAAUUAUCACCAGGGGACACGUACUAAUUGGCUCAUUACUUCAAAUACUUGGAAAAUGUGUUAAUGAUGAGUUCAUAGUUCACAAGGCCUUAAGGUGGCACGUUCUUUUUUUAGAUUUUUUUCAGCUACCUGUUUACAGCACUAUUCUAAAUCCUUUUCAUCUGAUAAUUUAUGUUGUGUAUAGAGAUUACAAAAAAC